AUGCGAAGCGAAAGCUUUUUCAAUUGCCCGCGGACUGUUGAUUAAAGCGGAGGUAUUUUUGAGUGCCGGCACUUUUUCGGCGAAAGUGGAAAUUGUUUGAAAAUCUGCGUGUACGCGCUAAUAUUUCGUUAACUAAUCCUGAUUGAGUGCUUGCGCGGGUUUUGUUUAAUAGCAGUGCGAUUAUUUGUUCUUUGCAAAGUAACUGACGUUCGUGUAGAGGAAUUUAUUGCAUUGCAGAUGCUGCAAAUUACACUAGAACGCACACAUACACAUCGCAAAACAACUGUUACGCCUACGCAGCAGCAGAAACAACAACAACAGCAGCAACAGCGAAGGAAUUAGCAGCAACAAUUUUCCACCCAAAGAGGGAAAUAACUGUUCCAAAAGGGUACCUUUGCGGCUAAGUAGCUUCACAAAAUGGCUUGCACAUGCGAAGUAAUUGGCCUGGCCUGCGUGGUGGCUCUAAUCCUGAGCGCUACAGCCAAGGCUCCCUAUCAGAUGCGCAUGUUCUUUAUAUUUUUUGGAGCUGGUGUGAUAGUCUUUCUGUGCGUGCCCUUUAUGAUCCUGCGACCGAGGGACUAUCGAAACGCGCUUUUUCCAUCAUGGUGCUUCCGCCAGCUUUGCCGCCUGGUGGGCAUAACAAUGGAGGUGCGAGGUCUGGAGAAUGUCCGUAAGGACCACGGCGCAGUGGUGAUCAUGAACCACCAGAGUGCUGUUGAUCUUUGCGUUCUGGCCUAUUUGUGGCCAGUGAUCGGAAGAGCAACAGUCGUCUCCAAGAAGGAGGUUCUCUACAUUCCAUUCUUUGGCAUUGGCGCAUGGCUCUGGGGAACCCUCUACAUUAACCGGUCCCGCAAGACCGACUCGAUCAACUCUCUGCAAAAGGAGGCCAAGGCGAUACAGGAGCGCAACUGCAAGCUACUGCUCUUCCCGGAGGGCACGCGGAACUCCAAGGACUCGCUGCUGCCGUUUAAGAAGGGUUCGUUCCACAUCGCACUCCAGGGCAAGAGUCCCGUUCAGCCGGUGGUCAUAUCGAAGUACUCAUUCAUGGAUGACGAGAAGAAGACAUUCCGUCCUGGCCACGCCCUAAUCCACAUCCUUCCCGAGGUGUCCACCGAGAAGUACCAGAAGGAGGACGUACAGCUGCUGAUCGACGAAUGCCAGUCCAUCAUGCAGGCUGAGUACACAAAGCUGAGCAAAGAAGGCCAAGCCUCAAGCUCGAAGAAGCAGGCAUAAGACUGGAUAGGCUGGGAUCAAACUCAGGUUACAUAAAAAUGACACCCAAACACCAGUGUAUGUUGGGUUUGAUUUGGGUUUUAAUGUACAAUCGAUCUAAAAGAUUUGCCUAUCCAUGGAUGAGAUGAAUCAAAAGCAACGGAAAGCCGAUAUUUGAGGGACGUUAAACGGUUGGCCUAGUAUUAAGCUUACACUAUAUCACCCCAUCGGUGAAUUUUCGAUUAAUAUAUUAAUAUAUUAACUGUUUUACCUCCAGUACAUGCAUGUGUAUGCCCAGAGCUUUUUUUCGACUUAGCGAGAAACAAACGGAAAACAAAUUUUACAAGCGAAGAAAGCGCAUUUGUUAGAUGUUUAGCUUUAUGCAAAUAAUGUAUUGAUUUAUUUGUGAAUAAUGAAAUGAGACCUAUUUAAUAAAACAUUUUGCACUG